GUCGGACAACUGCACGUCAGCGAUGACUGAGAGGGAGAGCUCGGUCCGGAUUCCCAGGGCGAGAAGCUGCACCGACUCGGACGUCGCUGCUCUUUAUUUAACACAUCUGGAUAUACAGUCCCACUGGACUCACCAUGAACUACCGGGCGGUGGUGAUGUACAUGGAGAUCGGCGGCUUCGUGUCCUGUCUGUGCGGCUGGGUCCUGGUGUGCUCCACCCUCCCCACCGAGUACUGGACCUUCUCCGAGGUGGGCACCAUCGUGCUGACCACCGCCAACUACUACUCCAACCUGUGGAGGGACUGCGUCUCGGACACCACGGGGGUGUCGGACUGCAAGGAUUACCCGUCCAUGCUGGCCCUGCCUGCGUUCCUACACGGCUGUCGAGCGCUCGCCAUCUGCGCCGUCAUCACCGGUUUCUUCGGAGGCGUCCUCACACUCGUCGGGAUGAAAUGCACCAAAAUCGGCGGAUCGGAGAUCGCCAACGCCAGGGUGACCUUCGCGGGAGGGGUGACCUACCUGGUUUCGGGGCUCUGUGGUAUGGUCACCUACUCGUGGUGGGCCAACAAGGUCAUAUCAGAGUUCUUGGACGUAAAUUUCAGGGCACAGAAAUUUGAACUUGGGGCUGCUGUUUUCGUUGGCUGGGGAGGGUCGGUGCUUCUCCUGUCCGGAGGUACCGUGCUGACUUACUUCUCUGCAAAAGAAGGCCUUCCAAAAAUUGACAGCUCUGCAGCGAGGCCACAGAGGCCGGCCACUUACGCCACCGCCCGGACGGGACGCACCUACAGGAGGCCCGACACGUCGUCCAGAGCGGCUCGGGGGCCGCCACUGUUUUACGAAGGCGGGAGGAGCCGAGAAGCAGUGAAGACCAGGCUGACGUUCAACAGGGACAGCUUCGUCUAAGCAGGCGGGGAGGGGGGCACGGGGUGGGAGUGAGAAAGUGACUAAAAAGGGGGGGGAAAAGGGAAGGUUUGACAUUUUGGGAAAUGUAUCGAUUUGCUUUCUUGUUCAGAACUAGGUGAUCUAUACCACUGAUGUCUGUUCGUUCAAUACGAAGCAAGAGCCAGUAUUCUGUUAAAUUAGCUUAGCAUAAAGACUGGACCUUAUUGCAUCUCUAGAGCUCACUUAUAAACACGUUAAAACUUGUUUUAGGUUCAAACCUUUUUAAAAUGACAUCCAGCUGUACCACUUAUCAUCCUGUCAAAUGUUUGACAGGAGAAGAUUUGUAAUUUGCACAUUGGUUUUGUUUACCGCUACGCCUAUAAUCUUAAAGCUAAGCUAUGCUAAGCUAAGCAGCUGCCGGCUCCAGCCUCACAUCUUGCGUAUAGUCAUGAGUGGUAUCUAUCUUCUUGUUUAACAAGAAAAAAAAGAAAUGCAUAUUUCCCAAUUUCACAAACUGUUCCUAUAAUUAAGUCAUGUAUGUAAAUGUCAAUUUGGUUACUAAAGCAAACCUUGGUUAUCCAGAUCCUGAAUUAAGUUGGUUUAUCUUGCUUUGCCUUUCAUCGUGGGGCAUCCGCUAAGUUGACCCUUUGAUUUGUUUCCAUCUGCUUUGUUAUAGUCGGCUGAAAGGCUUUGCAUAAAAGACACAUGAAACAUAAUGAUCUCUUUUAGCUCGGUGGCAUGUGGUACGACUUAAUAUUUGUUUAUAAAUCUGAUCCAAAUGCAUAGUUCUGCAUACUUUUUCUGGCAUUCCUCAGGGUUGUGAUAUUUGAUAUUUAUUUGUGUACAUUACUGGUCAGUUUUGGGACUUCGCCACACAUCCCAUGAAUAGUCAAUUACAAUCUUUAUGAUUCAUUUUUUUUAGAAAUGUUAUGUCUCUUUGAUAAGUUAGUUUUUUAUAAACAGUUAAAAAAUAUGAAUCUAGUGAUUGAAUAAAUGAAUUCAGCGCCGACAUUAGGUUUCCUUUGUUUUGUAUUAUGAAGCCACAACGACAAGAGUUCUUAAUUUGCACCAGAUCUGUUCUAUAUGUUGAUCUGUAAGUCACAUCACUGGUCAACCUCAUGACUCCAUCCUGAUGAAGGGAAGGCAGCCGAAGGUGCUUGUGAAUAAAGCAUGGCGUGCUGGGAAUUAAUUAUGCAAAACGUGUCAGGACUUCUGAGCUUCUGCAAAAAAGAAUCAAUGUUGUUCAAGGAGGCCAACUUGUCUGUACAGAAUAUAAUGUUCACAUAGUUAUGGAUUAUUGGAAACUGAAUUAAUAUGCAAGCUGUA